AUGGAUAAAGAAACAAAAAAAACAACAGAUGGAAAAUCCCAAGCAUCGUCGGCAAAGAAUAUCGUAGAAGUUGACAAGCAGCAAGAGAGUCAAAUAUCUGAUAUUUAUAAGACUUGUGUUUUCUCUGUCAAUUCAACAGAAGAGAGGCCGACAGGUGGACUUAUUUCAUUGGAUGGCUCAGAAGAGAAAAAGCUAAAUGUCAAUGGCACGAAAGAAACAAACGUAUCAAGAAAAGCGCGAAAGUCAUCAAGGUCAUCUUCUCGCACACAGUCAUUGAAAAAGAUUCCUCGGGGCAUAAUAAGCCAUAUAGGAUCUCUUGAAGACGAAGCAUUCUACCAUGGCUAUUUGUCUCGAGAAGCUACUGAGAGACUUCUGACAAAAGAUGGGGAGUUUCUGGUUAGAAGAGGAGAAGUUCUCAAUGAAGAGUGUUAUCUGAUCAGUGUGCGUCAUAACAAUGAGGUGAAACAUUUGAGAAUCCUGUUGACAAGAAGUGGCCGUCAUUAUUGGGUUUCUCAACUUUGCUUCGAGUCUGUGGGUGAGUUAAUAAGGUACCACCAACAAAAUAAGUUGCCUGUGCACGGUGACAAUAUUCUCUUGCAAUAUUUCGUUAAAAGAGAAGUAUGGCAAUUGAAUCAUGAACAGGUUACAUUAGGAGAAAAAAUUGGUAGUGGGCAGUUCGGCGAAGUAUACGCUGGUACUUUAGCUCAAGGUAUAUUUACUCGUGACGUCAAAGUUGCUGUGAAAACUUUGAAUUCUGGUCAUUUGUCUGCAGACGACAGAGUAACAUUCUUGCAAGAGGCAAACUUAAUGCUCAAGUUAAAGCAUAAACAUGUUAUCCACUUAUAUGGUGUUGCGACGCAGAAAAAGCCGAUUAUGAUAUUCUGUAUUUUAUGUGGUAGUCUGCUUCAACGAAUACAAGAGAAAACUUCUACUAUCGAAACCAAAAGGCGAUAUUGUAAGGAAAUAGUUAGUGGGAUGUCCUACGUAGAAUCUCAACAAGUUAUUCACCGCGAUCUUGCUGCUCGUAAUGUUUUGCUAACGAAAUCAGACUCUUGUAAAAUAAGCGAUUUUGGUUUAUCGUUGUUAGGAAAAAUUCACAAAGAAAAUAUGCUGAAAAAUGCUCCUGUCAGGUGGCUGGCUCCGGAAAGCCUUUUACAAGGCUGUUAUUCUUCGAAGUCUGAUGUCUGGAGCUUUGGAGUAGUUAUGUAUGAAGUGUUUUCAAACGGAAAAGUUCCUUAUGAUCAACACGACAACUUGAAAAAAUUAGCUACAGCGGUUGUUAAAGAUGGUUUACGUCUUCAGCCCCCAGAGGAGAUGAGUGAGCUUGAUAGAUCUAUCAUGCAAAUGUGCUUCGCUAAAAAUACCGACGACAGGGCUUCGUUUGAGGAUUUGAGAGAGAAGUACAACUCUAAUAACACAACUCAUAUCAUAAACUCCAUAUUGAAAACGAAGAAAAACUGA